AUGCAAUUCUUGACCCACUCAAUUCUUUUGUUCCUCACUACUGCUGUUAUUGCUAAAAACAUUCUCUUAAGCAAUGAUGAUGGAUGGGCCGCAACCAACAUUAGAGCCACUUACUACAAGUUGAAAGAAGCUGGUCAUGAAGUGUGGUUAGUUGCUCCAGUUUCACAAAGGUCUGGGUACGGUGGUAAAUUCGACGUCCCCUCAUCUUCAACUUUACAAUCUGACGGUGAGUUCAAGUACCCACCAGCUGGUUCAAAGUCUUGGGGCCAUGAAGAAGAAGAUGAUCAUAUUUGGUAUUUUAAUGGUACUCCAGCUUCAUCAAUUGCUUUUGGUUUGCAAUACGUCUUGAAGGAAAAGUUUAAUGAUACUGCGAUUGAUUUGGUUGUUGCCGGUCCAAAUGAAGGUACAAACUUGUCUCCUGGAAUGUUUACUUUGUCAGGAACAAUUGGUGCUACUUACAAUUCGGUGUACAGAGGAUACCCAGCUGUUGCUUUCAGUGGAUCCAACUCCAACAAUUCAUUUUUCAAAGAUUCAUUAGACUUGAAUGACACGAAUGAGCCAUCAACUAUUUACGCAAAUAAGGUGACUGAGUUUGUCGAACAAUUAUUUAAAGGACAAGGUGAUGACUCAAGAAUAUUGCCACUUGGUGUUGGAUUGAAUGUCAACUUCCCCAAAGUUGGUCAUGAAGACGAGUCAUGUACUGAUCCAGCAUGGGUGUUCACUAGAUUGACUGGCGAGUCUGCUGGUGGACCUGAUUUGAAGUACAAUGCUGACAAGGACUUGUUUGAGUCAAGUUCGGGAAGUUGGGAAGCUCUCAAAAUCUGUUACAAUGGUAACUGUUCAUUGCCUUCUGAAAAUUCAGUCGUUGAGCAUAGCAAAUGUUCUUCAUCAGUAUCUGUUUUUGCUAUUGAUUAUGACGCAAACUUGAACAACACAAACAAAGUCGAAGGAGUCUUGAAUCCAUUAUUCAAAAAGGACUAG